AGUUCUCAUUCGACCGUCGGCUGUUUAAGAUUAUUCUAUAGUCUCUUUAUACUCUUAAUAAUUAAAAUAUGAAACAAUUUAUUUUUGCGAUUAUUUUUACAAUUUUUAUUGCAAGCAGUCAUGCUCGUGUUAUCAAUAAAAGGCAAGUAGGGCAGCAGAACUUUGGAUUCGGACAGCCAGGCUUUGGAUUUCAGCCUCCAAAUUUUGGUGGAAUCAGACCUGGUGAAGGUAUUUUCUUCCCGGGACAGUUUCAAACACAAUUCGGUCAGAAUCCACAACAAGGACAGCAAUUUCCAAAUCAACAAGGACAGCAGUUUCCAAAUCAACAAGGUCAACAAGGGCAACAGUUUCAAGGACAGCAAGGGCAGCAGGGUCAACAAUUUACAAACCAACAAGGACAGCAAGUCCAACAACAAUCGACAACAUUAGCUCCACAAGUUCUAAGCUGUAUCGAAAGAUGCAUUGAAUCAACCUUAUCAAAUUACAAUCCAGUCUGUGGAAGUGACAAUCAGACAUACCAGAAUCAAGAGAGAUUUGACUGUGCUAACGAUUGUGGAGCUAAUCUGAGAAAAACACAGAACGGAGCCUGUCCAUCACGUAAUGCAACAACAGUCCGACCAACAAAGUAGAUUGAUUAUUUCUGAGCUAUCACACUGCAUUAAAACCAAAAUUCUUAGCAUAAUGUCAUCAUCAAAGCUUGAACUAAAGCUUUUUAAAUUUUUGAAAUAAAGAUAAAAAUAAUUUUAAG